AUGUGUUUAAAUUAUUUCGAAGAAUGGAUUUUUCCAUUUCUCCUAACCCUCAAAAAGAUUACCUUUUGGAUCUACACGCUAACUUCCCAUUUAACGCCUGAUUUCUAUGAGUUUCUCUUUAAAUAUUCUUCUUCUCAUCUUGUUCCCACGCACAUCACAUGUGGUCGUACCGAAACGGUGGCUAAACUGCUGGACUUUGGAGAAAAGCCCAAACGUUUUGAUGUGGCGCUCAAAGUAAUCUCCAAAUUGCCAAACGAGGUAAGUGGAAAUUUGCAGAGGAAGCGCUCCUCCAAGUGCAAUCCUCAGAUUAUAACCAGUCUUGGCAGACACUUACAGGGGAGUACCCAAAGUGCGACGCGCAGAUUUCUUUACCUUUUGCACACACAUUAGGCAUAGGCCACAUUAAUUUCUGAAGGUUUUAAUUUGCGCUUCGAAGGCGCCGCCGACAUAUGUAUACUCCGCGUACAAUGUUUUGACCCCCCGGGGGCCCCCUCCUAACUCGUCCCAAAUGCACCAAUUCGGACCAAAUUUGGUAUGUACUCUGCUCACAGGCUUGUAACAAAAAAUAACAUAGCAGGACAUACCCUAUAGUUGAAUUUUAAAAUCUAGAUGCAAUUUUCGACAAUCACCUUUAAAAAAAAUCGAGGAAAAAGUUUUGACCCCCCUUAAAAAAGUUAGAUAUCGCCAGCAGAUGCCACCCAAACCUAUCGUAAUCGACGUCCCAUACCUGAAUACAGGUUAAUAAAUGGUUUUCCGUCGAAUGCUUCGUUGCAUUUUUGGACCUGCAUUUAUCUUCUCUUUUCGAAAAAAGUGCAUGGUGGCCUGGCGGUGUAGAUUCGGCAGAUACCCUCUUGUCAUGUCCAGCUUUGACGACCGAUUAGCUCUUUGACCGAAGGGCUAGAUAUGGUCGUUAGAUCCUCAAUGUAAUUCUUAGACUCCUAUUUACUCCCAAUAAUGUAAAAUGUUUCGAUUCGACACGUUUUGUAAUAGGUUUCAUUCACCUUAAUCUUGAGUUUGCCGUUACUGUAGAUGCCCCCGAGGACGAUCAAAUCCCCGCCGAGCUAUUUGGCACUCGAUACGUCUCAGACGUGCACGAUGGAUGAGUUUCUUAAAUAACGUGGGCAAAAAUGGCUGGCAUUGGAUGGCCCACGUAAGAGGCAAAUCUCAUUUUUUCGGACGCCGGUCAGCGGCAAAAAUAAUUCGGAAUGCUGUGCGCGGAGUAUAUUUUCCGAUCCCUUGUUAGAAAAAAUAUUAGAAAUAAAUAAAAAAUAAAUUUGUGCCACGUUUCAUCAAAAUGUGAGCGCCGCACUUUGGUACUUCCCCUGUUAGAUAGCUCAUGAAGUGUAUCGACGUCUUUCUGUUUACCAAAUAAUGGCCCUUUAUCAUCAUGCGGACAGCAGUUUAAGAAACGCCGACCAUCGACUUCAAGAUUUCUGGGCCAAAAAUCAGCGGGAGUGUUGCGACGGAAAUAGUAAUGCAGAAAAAAUUUACAGGUAAUACAUACAAGUUACUGCGAAAUUUUCAGAACGGUUCGGCCCGUUCUGAAAAUUUUUAAAGUCCGGCUUGGUCGCCAUUCCUAGCGAUCGAUAUUGAACCAUAUUUUUUAUCUUAAAACGCCGCUUUCAGAGUGCUUGCAGACACGGCAAACAUAACUAAGCCGUCUGACCCCAAAAGAAAUCUCCCGCCUGCUGCCGGUACUUCGUCCCGCCCAGUAUCGAAUGAAAUCAAACGAAAUGUCACGAAAUCCCAGCAUUUCGAAGUUUUUCCGCCACCAAUCGGUGCCGAAAAAAUUAAAAAAUCGGGAAGGGGGUCUACAUUUUUUUGCGUUGCCGGCUAG